UUCCCUCUGUGUGGCGACUGCAGAGCCGACGAGCUAAGUGGCAACAGCGGGUUAGCUACGCAGCUAGUCAUGGUGAAUGUGAAGAAGCGGAAAGGUCGGGUCGUUAUUGACUCUGACUCGGAGGACAGCGCCAGUGACGACAAUUUAGAUCAGGAGCUGCUGUCUUUAGCAAAGAGGAAGCGGGUGGAUUCCGGCGAGCAGGAGGAACCCGUCAGCAAACCAGCAGCAUCCACAGACUCGGAAACAUCCGACAGCGACGACGAGUGGACUGUCGGCGGCACCAAAGGGAAAAAGAAGGUAAAGCCGGGCAAAGGUUCCGAGAAGAAGAGCGCUACAAAGAAGAAGGUCAACAAAGCUUCAGGCAGCUCAGAUGGAGGCAGCUCGGGGGACAGCUCCGCUCCAGAGGAGGGCGAAGUGUCGGAUUCCGAGAUCAACAGUUCGUCCUCUGACUCGGACACCUCAGAGGACGACGAGUUCGAGGACGGGUACGACGACGACCUGAUGGGCGACGCCGAAGACAGAGCGCGUCUGGAGCAGAUGACCGAGAAGGAGAGGGAGCAGGAGCUGUUCAACAGGAUCGAGAAGAGGGAGGUGCUGAAAAGACGGUUUGAAAUCAAGCAGAAGCUGAAGACUGCGAAGAAGAAGGAAAAAGAGGAGAAGAAGAAGAAACAAGAAGAAGAGCAGGAAAAGAAGAAGCAGUCUCAGGUUCAGGACUCUCAAGUGGUGAUGUCCCACAACAAAGAGAGGCGGUCCAAACGUGACGAGAAGCUGGACAAGAAGUCUCAGGCCAUGGAGGAGCUGAGGGCCGAACGGGAGAAGAAGAAAAACAAAACGGCCGAGCUGCUGGCCAAGCGCGAACCCCUGAAGACAAGCGAGGUUUACUCUGACGACGAGGAGGAAGAGGAGGAAGACGACGAUAAGUCAUCGGUGAAAAGCGAUCGGAGCUCGCGCUCCUCGUCUUACGAUGAUGAUGAGAAAGAGGAGACUCCACCAAAGUCGCAGCCGGUUUCCCUCCCGGAAGAACUCAACCGCAUCCGUUUGUCUCGACACAAGCUGGAGCGCUGGUGCCACAUGCCCUUCUUCGCCAAGACGGUGACCGGCUGCUUCGUGAGGAUAGGGAUCGGGAACAGCAGCAGUAAGCCGGUUUACAGGGUCGCUGAAAUCGUGGACGUGGUGGAGACGGCGAAGGUUUACCAACUGGGAUCUACACGGACAAACAAGGGUCUGCAGCUGAGGCACGGCGCGGACACCCGGGUCUUCAGGCUGGAGUUCGUAUCCAACCAGGAGUUCACCGAAAGUGAAUUCAUGAAGUGGAAAGAGGCGAUGAUAAUCGCCGGGAUGCAGGUUCCAACGCUGGACGAAAUCACCAAGAAGGAGCAGUCCAUCAAGGAGGCUGUGAACUACAAGUUUAACGACAAAGACAUCGAGGAUAUCGUGAAGGAGAAGGACCGUUUCCGGAGAGCUCCGCCCAACUACGCCAUGAAGAAAACGCAGCUGCUCAAAGACAAGGCCAUGGCGGAGGAGAACGGAGACGGCGAGAAAGUGAAAGUGAUCCAAGAUGAGCUGAACGAGCUGGAGGAGAGGGCAGAGGCGCUGGACCGACAGAGGACCAAGAACAUCUCUGCCAUCAGCUACAUCAAUCAGAGGAACAGAAGCUGGAACAUUGUUGAAUCUGAGAAAGCUCUGGUGGCUGAGGGGCAGAACGCCAAAAACCAGCAGAUGGAUCCUUUCACGCGGAGACAAUGCAAACCCACCAUGGUGUCCAACGCCAGAGAUCCUUCAGUCCACGCGGCCAUUCUGGCUCACCUGAACCAGAAGUACGGCUCUGGGUCGGGUCCGGAUCCCUCCAGCACAGAGAAGAACACGCAGGAUCAAGCGAGUCCAAAGGACAAAGACGUACCGAAGCCAACCACAGACCUCUCAGAAGAUUUGUUUAAAGUCCACGAUUUUGACGUGAAGAUCGACCUGCAGGUUCCCAACGCAGAGGCCAAGUCGCUGUCGGUCAGCUCCAACGCUCUGCCCGUGAAGGACGGCGCUCCACGCAGGUCGCUCAACCUAGAGGACUACAAGAAGAGGAGGGGCCUCAUCUAACGUGGGCGGAGCUUCGUUGGGAUGCCGCCUUGCAUGUGUGUGUGUGGCUGGACGAGAGCGUGCAUGAAUGUUUUUUUUUGUGUGUGUGUGAAUGUGUGUGUGUGUACACAUGAAUGACUCCAAGAACGUUUGAAUGUUGAUUCAAUGGACUAAAACAGAGGAAAUACAAACUGAACAAAGACGCUUUUCCUCACGAGAAAACUUUUUUAUCAGAAAGUGAAGCUCUUGUAAGCAGUUCUCCCCUCAUCCCUCCAUCCUGUCUCUAUAUCAGAGGAGACCUUCCUCACUCAGAAGGACCCUGAGGACUACAGCAGGACUGAGAUGCUGUCUGACAAGAUUUACGUUGUUCAGGCUUUUUUUUUUUUAACCACUGGUGGAAUCUGCUAGCUUCUCCUCGCCGACAUUUUGUAAAUCCUGAACCUUUAUGAUCAUCUAUCCUUGUAGUCCACCCUGAGACUGAACUCGCUCGUGGAUUUUUGUAGAUGAUCCCCGGCUCGUCAGGCAGACAUCUGUGGGUUUUUAGCUCUUUGAAAUGUGCCGGUUUGAGCAGAACCGUUUCUACGGCUGAUCUGGCGAUUAAAACGUUGCUCAGUUUCUGUUUUCUCUGCUUGGUUUUUGUUUUUUUUUGUUGUUGGGAGAAACUCCACCUCCUGGACUUCCAGAGCAGAUUAUACAUGUUAUCGAUUGUGUCCAUAGUCGGGUCCUGUAUUGAUGUGGCAUGCCGUGUAAAUAAGCAUUUUGGAGUGAUGCGGGAAAAAAUAAUAAAAAAGGAGCUGUUUUGUAA